AUGACUUCCCGUGUCACAGUUCAACAGGUUAUGGGCCGCACUUCGGCUUAUAUUAAUCUUACUUCCUCUGAAAAACUCACUCCUCUCAACUAUCAUGUCUGGGCUACCAAAAUUCUUUUGGGUCUUCGUGCUAUGAAUAAUGGUGUCCACCUUUAUGUCGAAGCUGGUACUGUCAAUCCAGCUGCCAAUGAAUCCCUCGAAGACCUCACCGCCUCGCUUGAUACCGUCGUCCAUGAUGUCAUCCUCAACAAUAUUUCUCCUGAGUUGAUCGAACAUGUUAAUGAUGUGGCCAUUAGAGGCCGUGACCUCUGGCUUUACCUUCAUCAGGAGUAUAGUCAACUUCAACCCGCCGAUGUCAUCUCACUUAUGAAAUCCCUUUAUGCUGGCAAUAUUGAUGUUGGUCCAAAGUUUGUUUCUUCUGUUCGCUCUUAUGUUGCUACCUGGCGUUCCAUCUACCAAUCAUUGUCGCCUGAUUCGGUCGUGGCCUUCAACGCUUUGGCUUCAAUGGGUCCCAAUUGUGAGCGCUUCAUCCAGUAUGCCUUGGAGCACCGCUUUGAUAGUAACAACAAUACUGACAACCUUGAUAUUAACAACUUCAUCCGGAACACUGAUAAAUGGGCCAAGUUGUUGAAGAUUACUGGACCCCCUGCUACUCUUUCGACUGAAGCGUUCGUUGCUUCAUCAAAGAAGUACAAUAACAAAUCUAAGGGUGAUGGUAUCAAAUGUUUCCGUUGUAAGAGGCGUGGUCAUACUUCCAACAAUUGUCAUGUCUCUUGGGAAGAGGUUCAGGCUGCUCGCCAAGAUAAUAAGGAUGACAAGGAAUCUAAGGAGGCUAAAACCUCAAGAGGUUGGUUUGCUGAGACUAUUGAUGAAUUUUCUGAGAUAGUUGAUGAUGAUCCAUUUGUGAGUUCCGCUUUUGUGUCCGAGACAUCUAUUGUUUCUGAAAAGUUUGGUAACAGUUGCUCCGAGUCGUUUGAUGAUUUGGAAUCCGAACUUUUUGAUUCUUCUGAGCCGUGUGUCGGCGAUGAAGAUUGUUUUGUUGGUCAAGUUUCUGAGUAUUGUUCAAACUCAGGACUUGAUAUUGAUUCAGUUGGUAAACCGUUUGUUGGUUCCACUGAUGAUUCUUGUUUUAUUUCUGAACCGUAUGUCGGUUCUACUGUUGUUUGUUUGGAGUCUGAACCGUGUGUCAGUUCAGCUCCUAUUUGUUUUGAUUCUGAAUCGUUGGUCGAUUCGGAUAUUGUUCCUUUUGAUUCUGAACCGUUGGUCGGUUCUUCUUUUAUUUUUUGUUCUGAUUCUAAACCGUUGGUCGGUUCUGAUGAUGAUAUUGUCUUACCUUCUUUUGAUUUUUUGGUGGAUUCAAUUACUGAACCUUCUCCGCCUAUUGUUAAACCUAUUGUUACACCAAAAUCCCGUUUUUCUCCAUUCUUUUACUUAUCUUUUGUUACCAUCAUGUUGUUUUCCUUGAUUUUAAUUGUCGUCUGGCAUCCUUCUUCAAUCUGGGAUUUAAGUCAUUCAGUCCAUCACGUUUUUGUUGCUGAAUCUACUACUUCUGCUGAGGCCAACUUAGUUGUUGGGUCUGAUUCUUUUGACUUUAUCCAUGAUACCGGUGCUACCAGUCACAUUUGCAAUAACAUCUCAUAUUUUUCUUCUCUUCGUCCCACUUCGGCUACCAUUCGUGGUCUUGGUUCUGCUACUGCUGAGGGGGUUGGCGACAUUGUCGUUGAUCUUCUUGGUAAAGAUGACCAGCCUUGUGACCGCGUUGUUCUUCGAGAUGUUUUAUAUGUUCCUAAGAUUCCUCGCAAUCUAUUUGCUGCUCGUCGAGCUACUGCUGGUGGUUGUCGGUUCAUUCAAGACCUUAACCAUAUUUCUGCUGUUGAAAAUGGCAAAACUCGAGUCCAUGCCAUUGCCAUGGGUGACUUGUACUUUUGUCGUUUCCGAGUUGUUUUGCCUUCCAAGCCAGUCCAUGAGGUGUUUGCUGUUGAGUCGUCUGCCAAUCUUUGGCACAAGCGACUUGGUCACGCCAGUGUGGACGUUCUCAAGAAAUUAUCUAAGUCACUUUCUGUCAAGCCUACUCAUUUUGAGGUUGUGGAUAGUCAUAAGUGUGACGCUUGCUUGGGUGGCAAAGCCACAGCAUUGCCAUUUAAUGGUACCACAGAAAAAGCUAGUCGUCCUUUGGAAUUAUUUGUUUCUGAUUUGAGCGGUCCUCAUGUCGCUACCCCUGUGGGUCAUCGUUAUGUCUUAACCAUUAUGGAUUAUUAUUCCAGGUACUCUUAUGUGGAGUUGUUGGUUAGGAAAAGUGAUGCAAGUCUUGCCAUUCGUAACUUUAUUGCUAGGUGUGAAUCUUAUUUUUCUGGUGAUUCUGCUGGUGAUCGAGUUGCAUAUUUUCAUUCUGAUAAUGGCGGCGAAUACAUUUCCAAAGACCUGGAGCAGUUCUUUGUGUCUAAGGGUAUCAAGCAUACUUAUACAGUUCCUCAUACUCCUCAGCAAAAUGGUUCUAUGCUUUUAUAUGCUCAUGCUCCUGAGUAUUUAUGGGGUGAAGCUGUCAAGUCUGCUAAUUAUAUUAGGAACCGUCUUCCUAGUCGUACCACUGGUGGUGUUGCACCUCUCCAACUUUGGACGGGUAAACCUCCUAGUUAUCACCAUAUGAAAGUAUUUGGUUGUCAAGCUACAGUUGUUCUUCCUGGUGCUAAAAGAGAAUCUAAGUUAAGUUCAAAUACUGAAGCUGGUGUUUUUGUUGGGUAUUCUUUGGAUCGUACAGCUUAUCGAGUUCUUCUUGAUUCAAGCAUUGUUGAAGCCAGGAGUGUUUACUUUGAUGAGUCCAAGUUUCCAUUUAUGAAAAGUGAUAAGGACUUGUCUAUUAAUGGUACUGGUGUUGGGUUUAGUGUUGGUUCUGGUUCAGGGUCCAUGUCAGGGCCUUGUUUUGAUUCUAAGGGGUCUGGUUUAGGAUCUAAUGUUAGGGUUAAUUCUAUUGCUAGUUCUGAUUCAAGUUCUGGUUCUAGUUUUGGGUCUCAUAGAUCUUUACCAGCAUCCUCAUCUGGUUCUGGUUCUGGUUCUAUUUGUGCUUUACCGUCUCCGUCUCCGUCUUCUUCUCCGUCUCAUUCUCCGUCGCCGCCUCCUCCUUCUUCUUCUUCUAUUAUUGUUCAUAAGCCUCGUUCUGUUCGUCGCAUUUUGUCUACACCUUCUGCUCCUCUUGAGUCUCCUACUCUUCCUACUCUUCCUUCUAUUCCUUCUGUUCCAUCUCUUCCUAGUUCUCCUAUUCUUCCACCUUCAGAUCAUGAUGUCUCUAUCUCUCCUGACUCAAGUCCUAUUGUUUCUUCUUCGGAAUAUAUUCCUUCACAAUUAGACUUAUCUGAAGCUGGUCCAUCUAUUAAUGAAUCUGAUAUUUCAGGUGAUUCUGGGAUCUCGCAACGAGAGGGUGAUAUUGGGUUUCAACCGUCUAUCAUUGCUUCGUCUCCCACUCCACCACCUUCUGUUGAAUUGGAAGUAGUGCCACUUAGUCAAGAAUCUCCUUCGUCUGAUCUUGUUAAUUCUCUUGACCAAGCUGGUGUUAGUGUUGUCACUAAGGACGAUACUCAAGCUGUUUUGCCUAAAUCUCGAUCUCGUGUUGUUGCUGUUCGUUUACCUUCUAUAACUCCUGCCAAACGCCCGAGUUCUGAUGACAUUGUUUCACCUCCUUCUAAACAUCUUUGUGAAAAUUCUUUGAAACAAUCUCCAGUGUCUGCAACACCUGCAAAACGUCCAGCUGAAGAAGAAUGUAUUUCUUAUCGUCGUCUCAAAUCUCUCCGCUUUGAGUAUGAUGAUGUGGCUUUACUUGUUUUUACAGAUCCUAGUAGUUUUGAAGAAGCUAUGUCUAGUGAAGAAGCUGAGUUUUGGCUUGAAGCCUGUGUUAUUGAAAUGUCGUCUCUUAAACGCAAUGGUACUUGGGAAUUGGUUGAUCUCCCACCUGGUCGCAAGGCUAUCAAUAGCAAAUGGGUAUUUAAAGUUAAGCGCAAAGCUGACGGUUCAAUUGAACGUUACAAAGCUCGUCUCGUGUGUAUUGGAUUUUCGCAAGUUGAAGGUAUUGAUUAUACUGAAACUUUUGCUCCCGUUGUUCGUUACGAGACUGUGAGGAUUGUUCUUGCUAUUGCUGCUCAGUUUGGGUUCCAGGUUCAUCAUAUGGAUGUCGAGACUGCAUUUCUUAAUGGUGAUCUCAAAGAAGAUAUUUAUAUGAGACAACCUAAAGGCUUUGUUGUCAAAGGUCAGGAAUCUAAAGUGUGUCAUUUGAAGAAGUCUUUAUAUGGUUUAAAGCAAGCUCCUUUGUGUUGGAAUGAGAAGAUUCAUGGUGCUCUUGUCAAACUUGGGUUUAUUCGUAAUGAAAGUGACUACGGCGUGUAUACCAAAGGAUCUGGGUCUACCAUGGUCAUUAUUGCACUGUAUGUUGAUGAUUUACUUAUUUCUGGCAAUUCUUCUGAAGUCAUUGCCAAAACCAAGUCUUCUUUGUCAUCUAUGUUUAAGAUGAAAGACUUGGGCCCAGUCGAGCAGUUCCUUGGCAUGAGAGUUAAGCAGUCACCUUACCAUAUUACUGUGGAUGUUUCACGUUAUAUUUUUGACAUGUUGGAGGAGUUUGGUAUGCAGAAUUGUUCAAGUGUCAAGACUCCUUUACCCACUCGUGAUCUUUCUGAUUUUUCCGAGUCUGACUCUGCUACCGAUGCCUCCAUGUAUCGCAGUAUUAUUGGCAAACUGAUUUAUGCUGCUAAUUGUGCUCGUCCUGAUCUUGCUGUUGCUGUUAGUUUUCUUUGUCGAUAUAUGCAGAGUCCUAAGUCUAUUCAUAUGGAAGCUGCUAAGCAUACUCUUCGUUAUCUUAAGGGUACUGCUGAACUUGGUCUUGAAUAUCGAGCUCAGAAAGUCUACAAGCUUGUUGGCUAUAGUGAUGCCGACUAUGCUCAGGACAAGCAGGACCGUAAGUCCUUUACUGGGUAUGUUUUCAUUCUGUCUGGUGGUCCCAUUACUUGGGCCUGUCGAAAGCAAGUUAGUCCUGCAUCGUCCAGCGUCGAGUCUGAGUAUAUGUCAUUGUCUGAUGCGUCUAAGGAAUGCUUCUGGAUUAAUCAGUUGUUGUCUCUUUGCAAGAUUCCUGUUCCGUUGCCAGUGACUAUGUUUGAGGACAAUCAGGGAUGUAUUGCAUUGGCUCAGAACCCAGUGUUUCAUCGUCGCACCAAGCAUAUUGAUGUUCGUUAUCAUGUUGUGCGUCACUAUAUUCGCAGUGGAGUAAUUCAUCUGGAGUAUCUUGAUACUCAAGUGAUGUUGGCAGAUAUGUUCACUAAGAAUCUUGGUCGUGUGAAGUUUGAGACAUUGAGGGGACUACUUGGUAUGAAGGCAGUAGGUGAUUCUGCGACAAGGGGAGGUGUUGAGCAUGCAAUGUUGUCGCAGACUAGUGCAGUUGAUAAUGCACCCGCAUUAGGUUUAAGCCCUUAUUUCAACAAUGAUGAUCCAUUUGUGAGUUCCGCUUUUGUGUCCGAGACAUCUGUUGUUUCUGAAAAGUUUCGUAACAGUUGCUCCGAGUCGUUUGAUGAUUUGGAAUCCGAACUUUUUGAUUCUUCUGAGCCGUGUGUCGGCGAUGAAGAUUGUUUUGUUGGUCAAGUUUCUGAGUAUUGUUCAAACUCAGGACUUGAUAUUGAUUCUGUUGAGCAUGCAAUGUUGUCGCAGACUAGUGCAGUUGAUAAUGCACGUGAGUUUGGGUGGGAAACUAUGGUUGACAAUCUAUGUUUAUUUUAG